UUGCACACUAUAAAUUUCAAACCCAGAAAACCACCCGUCUUCAUUUCAAGACAGCAAAACCAACAACAAUCAGAUACAGAGACAGAGAAAGAGAAAGAGAAAGGAAAGAAAGAUGAGGCCUUUGAAGAAUAAUAACAGUGAGGCUGUUAUUAGUGUUUGGAAAUCUCCAGUUCCUUAUCUCUUUGGUGGCUUAGCUCUGGUUCUUGCUCUUAUGUCUGUGGCAUUGAUCAUCCUCUUCUGCUCUCACAGAAAAAGAGCUUCUUCUUCUUCUUCUUCGGCUUCGUCUUCGUCGACUCAGGAACAACGAGAAGGUGAUGGCUUCAUCAGAUUGCAGGUCAUGGCCAUGGCGGACUCUGAGCCAAAGGUUCUUGUGAUAAUGGCUGGGGACGAUAACCCUACUUACUUGGCUAAGCCAAUAGUGCCAUUAUCGUACUGCACAUGUGAUCAACCUCAACCUCCGACUCCUUCUUCUUCUUCUUCAACCUCCAUUAACAACAAAACGGUAACCUGAAGAUCAGUGAUUAUUAGUCUUCUCGGAGAGACGGAAGCUGACUUUUUGAUGGUUUUGUAGGCCUAAGGUUUCUGCUUUACUGGAUAUGUACAUAUGAGGUUAAUUUUGCGGUUAUAUUAUUAUUUAGCUUGUUUCCUUGUC